CGGGAGCCCCUCCCUCCUGAGUGCCUUCAACCACUGCGCGGUCCGAUGGAUAGCUCAGCUCUUCUGCGCCUUACAGUUCCUCCACGACUGUGGAGUGGGCCAUCGUGAUGUGAAAUGUGCCAAUAUACUCCUACCCAUAGGAGCUGCUGGAGCGAUAGAGAGAGCGAGCUCAGUGAAACGGCUACGAGU